AUGACUGAGUUUCUCAAUGAUAUGAGAGGCAUCACAGAUGAGUUGGCCCUUAUACAACGCCCAAUCGAUGAAGAAGAUCUCAUUGUUCACAUCCUAUCCCAACUUGGAGACGAGUAUAACAACAUCAUUACUGCAAUAAAGCAAACAUCAUCCUUAACUCCAUGGUUGGUAGAUAGUAGGGCCUUGAAUCAUAUUGCCUUGGAUCGUUUGUCACUACAAUCGUUUUCUGAAUAUGGUGGACCGGUGAUAUCAUGUUGGGUGAUGGUUUGCUGAUUUCUGUUUGGUGAUCAUUGUGAUGAGUGAUCGUCUAAUCGACGAGGUAGUAAAUAGACUUAAGUGACGAUCGGCUUUGGCUUGCAGGGUAUUAAGUUAAGAGUCGAUUAAUAUAAGCCCAUUAGACUUUGUAAAAGGCCC